GCCGGCCCGCCCCCGGGGCGGUGCAGCGCCGGCCGGGCCGGGCCGCGAUGGCGGAGGCGGCGCAGGGCCGGGUGCAGGCGGCGGUGGAGAGCGCGGUGCAGGAGCUGGAGCGGGAGCGCAUCCGCGGCCUGCAGGGCACCAUGUUCCGGUGCAGUGCGCGGUGCUGUGAGGACAGCACGGCCUCCAUGCAGCAGGUACAGCGCUGCAUCGAGCGCUGCCAUGCGCCCCUCGCCCAAGCACAGGCCAUCGUCACCGCCGAGCUCGAGAACUUCCAGGACCGCCUGAGCCGCUGCACACUGCAUUGCAAUGACAAGGCAAAGGAUGCUCUGGAUGCAGGGACAGCAGAGAUGAAGGUGCGCGGGCAGCUCGAUGCCUGCCUGGCUGCGUGCGGCGACGACCACCUCCGCCUCGUGCCCGCCAUGGCCAAGAAGAUGAAGGACAGCCUGGGGGCCCUCCAGCAGUGAUGGGCCCCCCGCCCCGCGCUCAUUAAAGGUUCAUGGACAAGAAGCUGUCAUGUGAGUCCCGGAGCUGCGCCCGGCCCCGAGCUGUCGUUGCCGCGGGUGUCGGCGGGUGAAAUUAAAUGGUGGCCGACACGUCCAAGGGAUCCUCCGGGGGUUUGAUCCCUUCAUGAAUCUGGUCAUUGAUGAGUGCGUGGAGAUGGCACCGGGCGGACAGCAGAACAACAUCGGCAUGGUGGUAAUAAGAGGGAACAGCAUCAUCAUGCUGGAGGCAUUGGAACGAGUAUAGCACCAGGGAAACCCUCCUUGGCACCAACUGUAACCAGUCCUGACCCACCUGACUUGUUUACUCCUUGAAUCUGCCAUGAAGCACCCUGAGCAUAAACUUAUUUUUGGUUUGUUAAAUAAAUUUUGUAAUGGUUGACAUAAA